AUCACCAGCACAAGUCAACGAGUCCACACCACACAAAGAAACCGUACUUCCGUUCCUCCCUCCAUCUCCGCCAGGCCACGUCCCCUCUCCAUCCGAAAACAGCUUGGGCAAGUUCCCUGAACCGUUGCGUUUCCCUCAGUCAUUGUUUAGCACUCGGCCGCACUGGAUGCAGCUCAUCGCGGAAAUAGCGCGAUAAACACAGUUCGCAGUUUGCACACUUUUAGCAGUGAAGUUUGCAUUGCAUCAGCAAGAAAUAGUUUAUCGGGUUUCAAAGCGUAAUAAUAAGUGCAAAUCUGCAAAUAAAAGUGGGUCAAUUACUACACACCAGGGAAAAGUUAAAAAGUGUCACAAGUAAUUGAAUACUGAUUGCAAUAGCGAAAAAAGUGCUAGAAAUGGCGCAGCAAGUGCAGUUGGUGUUUAAAACGGCGCUCAAGGCCACGCAGGGAGGUGCUCCUACGAUUGGAAGGUCUAUGUCAACCGGUCCCCUCGGGACGAUCGAUGCUUCGUCCCUCUCGCCCAAGCGCACCCCUGGCCAAGGCCUCCACGUGACCGUCCAACGGGACUACCCGGCCGCCGCAGCCCUCCCACUGCCGGCCAACAUUGACCCCACGGAAACGACGCGCUUUUCACCGCAACGCGCCCGCGACAUAAACUCGUCGGCAAUGCUGACCCAUCCGCACCACCAGAUCGACGUCACGGUGGACAGUUCGCCGUACUCCGCCGCCGCGACGGUUGAUCCGCACGUACAGUCGUACGAUUGCCGUGGGGCCGUGAGCCUAAACUCGGCCAUGCAGAGCAACGUGCCGAGUCCGUUCGGUGGAAUGCACAAGUUUUCGCACCUGAACAUGCCCGGCGGCGGAUGGGCCCAGGAGGGAAAGUAUCUGGCCCACGACCUCAACUCGUCGCACUACAUCAACCUGCGCAAGGAGGUCCGCUCGGAGUGGUCCAGCUACGAGGACAAACCCAGAGCAGGUACAUCGGUGCUGCUGGCACGAAUUGACCAAGCUGGCUUGCUCGGGCCUAAAACUAACAGCUCUUCUGAUUCUAAUGGUACCGUGAGAAAAUUCUCCACCGAAGCUAAACAAUCGACUGAGGGGGAACAGGGUAAGGGAACGGGACAGGAACAGGUUGGUACGGUUUCGCGCAAGGAUCGCCUCAAGAAGGCGGUCAAGGAGUACGGUUCGACCGUGAUUGUGUUCCACGUUGGGAUCAGCUUGGCGUCGUUGGGCGCGUGCUAUCUGCUGGUUUCCAGCGGAAUAGACGUGGUCGCGCUGCUGGAGCGCUUCGGGUGGGGCGACUCGGCCCUGGCCAGCAAGGCCGGCGCCGGUGCCGGAACGUUCGUGAUCGCGUACGCCAUCCACAAAGUAUUCGCCCCGGUUAGGAUAAGCAUUACGUUGGGCGCGACGCCGCUGAUUGUACGCGCGCUGCGCAAACGUGGCAUUCUGAAGCCACCAACGCCAACCAACAAGUAGAGCAGAAUGAGAGUUUUUUUUUUUCUUAGGAUUAAGCAUUUAUGAAUGAUGGCGCACAUCCAUAUUCAGGUUAAUAAAGGAGGUGAUAUCUUGAAAUUGAAGUUGAAUUGUA